CUCGCUUCCAGUUUAAUGUUCUGGCUACUGGAGAAUACCUUGAUUAUUGCUUAUUUCAUUAGAUUUAUUUCCUGCCUUUCCUUCAGGAAGCUUAAGGCAAUAUUUUCACCGGCCCACUUUUAUCCUCACGAAAACCCCGUGAGAUAAGUGAGGCUGAGCAAGUGUGACUGGCCCAAGAUUAAUUUGCUGCCAUCCUUUGAAGCAGCUCAUGGCAAUGUUUCACCUGCCCAUUUUUAUCGUCACAACAACCCUGUGAGGUAGAUGAGGCUACCUCAGUCACAGUGUGUGUGACGGGUCCAAGAUUCAUUGACUGCCUUCCAGGAACUCAAGGCAGUUUCAUCUGCCUGCUUUAUCCUCGCAACAACCCUGUGAGGUAGAGGAGGCUGAGCAAAUGUGACUGGCGCAGCAGGGCCGGCGUAACACGUGUCUUAAAUAUGACUGGACGGGCUCGAGUAAAAGCCAGAGGGCAACUCCUUUCUGAAGAAGAAGGCAUGUUUGGACAACCUGGUUCCCCUCAAGCGAGCUGCUCUGGGAUUGGUGAUUCCUUUGCUUUGCAGAAGGAAGCUUUUAGUAGCCAUACAAGAGCUGGGAAGAGUCCUCCUAAAUAUGGCUUUUCCGUUGGGGGUUCUGGAUAUAAAGUGAUGGACAGAGGGGGAAGGAUCCGUUGUAACUUUCAAGACAUGGGGGUCAAUACUAGGGAGACAAUGAUCCAUGUAAAAGACUCUAAAACAGGCUCCACUGGGAUACCUAUUAAAGUGAUAACAAACUUGUUUAGUUUAGGCUUGCCACAGCAAUGGCAGUUGUACCAAUACUGUGUUGAAUUUAACCCAGUCCUUGAGUCGAGGCGUUUAAAGAUUGCUUUGUUAUAUAACCAUUCUGAACUUCUGGGAAAAACCAAAGUAUUUGAUGGUUCAUCUCUGUUUCUAACAGAGAAAUUAGAAAACGAGGUUACAGAACUGUCUUGUCAAACACGGAGAAGCGAGACUGUGAAGAUGACCAUUACACUAACCCACCAGCUACUUCCCAGCAAUCCUGUGUGCCUUCAGUUCUUAAACAUCGUCUUUAAGAAGGUUUUGAGAAAGUUGUCUAUGCACCAAAUUGGGCGAAACUUCUACAGUCCUUCGGAUCCAGUGGAAAUUCCCCAGCACAAAUUGACUCUUUGGCCGGGAUUUGCUAUGUCUGUUGGACAGUUUGAGAACACAGUGAUGCUAUGUGCGGAUGUGAGUCACAAAGUCCUUCGUAAUGAGAAUGUUUUAGAAUUCAUGACCAGCUUGUAUGAAAGUGUGGACAAGGCAUGUUUUGCAGAAACAUGUGAAAAGGAACUGGUGGGGCUUAUUGUCCUUACAAGAUACAACAACAAGACUUAUCGUGUUGAUGAUAUUGAGUGGACUGUGAAGCCAACAGAUACGUUCCAGAAAAGUGAUGGUACUCGGAUCUGUUAUGAAGAUUACUACAAACAGCAGUAUGAUAUAGUCUUGACUGACCUAAAUCAACCUAUGCUGGUUAGCCAGCUGAAGAAUAAGGGCAGUAGCACUGUUGAACCUCGUGUGGCCCACCUCAUCCCUGAACUCUGCUACUUGACAGGUUUGAGCAGCCAUGCAACUUCUGACUUCCGUUUGAUGAAAGAUUUGGCCCAAGAAACUCACUUGUCCCCAGAGCGCAGGCAUCAACGUCUGUCUAGACUUGCUGACAACAUUCAGAGAAACAAAGAUGCUCGUUUAGAAUUGGAGAGCUGGGGACUGAAGCUUGGGUGCCAGGCUUCCUUGACUGGCCGUGUGGUCACCUCAGAAAAAAUCCUCAUGCAGAAUGACAUGUGUAUGCCAAUGAAUGCUGGCGACUGGUUCAGAGAUAUGCGUAAUAUGAAGAUAAUUGGAGUGGUACCUCUAGAGAACUGGAUACUGCUAUGCAGUAACAGGAACAUGGAGCUUGCGCAUAGUCUUGUGAACUGUUUAAGAAGAGUGGGAGGUCCCAUGGGAUUCCGCAUUGAAUAUCCGAAAAUAAUACAAGUACAAGAGAGUCCCUCAACAUUUGUACGAGCCCUGCAACAGCAUGUAAAUCCUGAGCUACAGCUGGUGCUGUGUGUCCUGCCUUCCAAUAAGAAGGACUGUUAUGACGCUGUGAAGAAGUUCCUGAGUUUUGAGCAUCCUAUUCCUAGCCAGUGUGUCCUUGCUCGCACCCUGAGCAAGCAAGGAAUGAUGAUGAGCGUGGCCACAAAAAUUGCGAUGCAGAUCAUUUGUAAACUUGGAGGGGAGCUGUGGGGAGUUGAGAUACCACUGAAGUCACUCAUGGUGGUUGGCAUUGAUGUCAACAAAGAUGCCAUGACCAAAGGAAUGUCAGUUAUUGGAUUCGUGGCCAGCACUAAUUUCCAGCUUACCCGGUGGUACUCUCGCUGCAUGCUGCAAAAUUCAGGGUCAAACAUUGCAGAUUGUUUAAAGGUCUGCAUGAAAGGUGCUAUAAGUAAGUGGCAAACGUAUAACGGGCAGCUACCUGCACGCAUAAUAGUGUAUCGUGAUGGUGUUGGAGAUGGACAGCUGAAGAUGGUGGUGGACUUUGAAGUCCCUCAGAUAAUAAGUGUCCUUGAUGAAUGCACUGGUGAUGGCAGGAGACCCAAAUUGUCUAUGAUUGUGGUCAGGAAAAAAUGUCUUUGUCGUUUCUUCACUGAGACCAACAGGAGCCUGCAAAACCCUCCUGUUGGGACAGUUAUCGACACAGAGGCCACUCGACCUGAAUGGUAUGACUUUUUCUUGAUUAGCCAGCUUGCCCGCCAGGGCACAGUCAAUCCCACCUACUACAACGUGGUGUAUGAUGACAAUGGAUUAAAGCCAGACCAUAUGCAGCGUCUUACAUAUAAGAUGUGCCACCUGUACUACAACUGGCCUGGCCUAAUCAGAGUCCCAGCACCAUGCCAAUAUGCCAACAAGCUGACUUUUUUGGUGGGCCAGAGCAUCCACCGUGAGCCAAGCCUAAGACUUACCGACAAACUUUUCUAUUUGUGAAGGACAUUGAGGUGGCAAAUGUCAAGAGGGAGCGUAGUCAUGGUUUUAAAAAGAAGUUCCUGUUUUAGAACUGAAGCAACCAAAGCCCGUUUCCCCAUUCGUGAUCAUGGAACAAGCUUUUUAGCCACAUUUGUUUUAUGCUUUUAUUGAGAUGUCUUUGAGCACGUAUCUGCAUUCUUUUAAGUUGAUGAUUAUUCUUGUGAGUGGAUGUUUUGAGUUCAAGUUUGAAGAUAUUUUAAAAGAGGAUUGUUUUUAUAAAGCUGAGCUGUUUUUGCAUUAAAGUUAUAUUUUAUGUGUUAUGUAAAACUUCCUUUUUUAUUGGCUAAAAAGUACUUGGGCUCACUAUAUUGUUUUUAUUCAUUUCUAGUGCAUAUAAACUAUGCACUGUACAUAAAAUUAAGUAAAAGCCCUAGGCUCUGCCCCUCAGAUCAGGGCUGGCUUAAGGUUUUAAUGGCCUCUGGACAAGACAUCUACAGUGCGGGCCCAUCUCCUCCUUGUUCCCAUUGGUUCCUGCUGCUCCUUAGCACUAUUACCUACUCAGUUUUACCAUGUAAUUUGCCCUUGAGUGCAAGCUUUUUACUUCAUAAAUUGUCAGUGUGAAAGGUUUGAUUGGAUUGGGCCCCUGAUGUGGGGGUCAUUGCUUGGCAAUUACUCACCUCAUCAUAGAGGGAAUAGAGCUGGUCCUCCAGAAGAGAGGUUUUUCAGAGUUUAUUCCAUGUUCUUCAUCUUUCCAAACAAAGGAGAGGAUUGGCAAGCAAUCUUAGAUUACAAAAACCUUCACAGCUUGUCAAAUACUGCAAAUUCAGAAUGUACAAAUAAAGGA